CGUUGGAAUUGGGCACGGUCUCCUUCGCCGUCAACGUAAGCACCCUUAGAGCUUGCCGUCCCGCCGGAGUAGUUUGUGGGAAAGCGGCACGUUUGCGCGACACACUAAUCGGUGCUGCCGUUAACGCAGAAGCAGUCGUAGACGUUCAGCGAAGACGGCCGGCCGGACCAUACUCGGAUCACGGAGGUAGUAGCCACGUUUACCAGGGCAACAAACCAGCACCACAGGUUCCCAACUGAGAAGAAAUUAUCACGUGAAUAUUUCUGGAAUGGCUGUCGUCGACGUACGUCGCCCCAAUGGCCCACUGUACCAGGAUAUGGACGGUGUAAUACGCCUCAGCCGAAACUUCACUGUCGAAAUGCUGCGCUCCGCGCUCAACUAUAAGCCGCAGCCAGACGACAAGUUCGUCGUCACGUAUCCAAAGUGCGGAACAACGUGGACACAACACAUUGGCUUCUUGAUCUUCAACAAAGGCGUCCCCCCUUCCAGUGGCCUGGAGUUCUUCAACAGAAGCCCCUUUAUCGAGAUGCUCGGUGCCGACAGUGUGCGGGACAUGACACGUCCCGGAGUAAUCAAGACGCACCUUCCUUACCACCUCAUGCCCAUGCACCCACAGGCCAAGUACCUCUACGUAUGCCGCAAUCCCAAGGACACUUGCGUGUCCUUGUUCUACCACACACGGGGUUUCAGUGGAUAUGACUUCGCCGAUGGCAAGUUCGACGACUUCUUCGAGAUCUUUGUGUCCGGCGAUACCGACUACGGAGACUACUUUGACCACGUCCUGGGUUGGUACGAGCACCGCAACGACCCGAAUGUCCUCUUCCUGCACUACGAAGACAUGAAGGCCCAGCCACGAGAGAGCGUGCUCAAGAUUGCCGAGUUCUUCGACCAGAGCUAUCACAAGUUGUUGCUGGACAACGAGGACAUCCUCCAGAACGUGAUCAAAUACAGCGACGUCAAAUCCAUGAAGGACUACGCCUUGCGGAACUUCACCAACUUCUUCACAAACCAAAUAGAUGGAGAAGCGCCCGAGGGUCUCAGAGUCUUCCACGGGGUAUCGCAGAAGAAUCCUUCUACUGCUAGUUUUAUCCGGAAAGGCAUUGUCGGAGACUGGAAAAAUCAUUUCUCGCCAGAACAAAACGCCAGGCUGGAGAAGGUGACUCUGGAGCGACUAUCCAACACGGACUUGGUGGACACAUGGCGAAAGCAUGGUGUUAUGUAGACGUUAUGUAGACAAAGUGCGUCAGCUCACAGUGGUUACGAGUGCAUUAUCAAGUUGCAGAAUUCCCAGUCUAAGUAGCGCCCAUUUUUGAACUUCCUUCAUCUCGUAAAACUACUUUACUUUACUUGCAAGCACACAUUUUCUUUGCACUCAUAACUACACGGCAGCUCAAGAACACCUUCUUAAUCUUCCAGCAGACGUGCUUAGGCCACUUUACUCGAACACAUUGGUCACAGACGGAGAUCUUGAAUUGGGAGCUGAACACUGGAAUCGUUACUGUGCUAGCAAAAGCGCUGUUUUAAUGCGAUUAGCAUUCUUAUGAUACUUCACCAACUUUGGGCCGUCUGUCUGUCUGUCUGUUUCUAAUCGUUUUGCCGCCUACUUGGGUCACCGGGUAGGCAAUCCAUGGUCGAAUUGUCUAAUCGGACUGCUGUGCUGAAAGAACACGGUUCGAAACCAACCGUCGAACCAGCUUCGGCUACUCGGUAUGUGGUACUCGGUAUGUGGUAUUGGGCAUUUUGCCGCUGUUCGACGAACCUUUCUGAUGCCAGCUUAGAACAACCGGUAUGGGGAACUUGCUUUGUGCCGCUCCUUUAUUAACCUUUCUGACGCCAACCUGGGUCUCUGGAUAGGUUCCACUAGGUAUCUAUUGUUCUUCAGUAACAAAAAAAGAUUCUUUGAAAUUUCUCCAGUGCUCGGCGGCAUCGAAAAAGCUUAAGAAUGACGCUGAAACCGAUCCUCAGCAGAGAAGAGUUGGCAGAACGAGGUCGUAAACGAGCAGAAACUAUAGAACAUCUACUGUGCUACUGCCCAUCUUUUCAAAACGAAAGACAUGACCUCUGCACAGCUCUCAAUCAGCUAGAUAGAACACCGUCCACCUUGAAGAAGAUCUUGGGACCACCGGCCUCGCAUAUCGCAGCUACAAAAGGCCACAAAAGCUCUGCUGCGAUAUUUGAAGGCUACUGGAUUGAGUCAGCGUCUGUGAUCCGGACUAAGUGACCGAACGAUAUACCCAGUAGACUUUCUCUCCUUCUUUUAAUCUUUCCGUCCCCUUUUCCCUUUCCCCAGUGUAGGGUAGCCAACCGGGCUCAGUCCUGGUUAACCUCCCUACCUUUCCUUUAUCAUUUGCUCUCUCUCUCUCUCUCUGGAAAACGUUACGCGGCCACGCAAAAAGUUUUAUUAUACGCAAAUAAACCCAUGCUCUCCGACAGGUGCGUGUAGCCAGUUCAUGAGCGAUCGGCGGAAGCCAUCUUUUAUUCCCUUUUGGAACGGGGCUGCGGCUGUUCAGAAGAAAAUCCAGUUUUGUUCGGCAUAUUAAUGCAUCUUUAACGCGUACACGUCACUUUGACGCGGUGAUCUUUUUCAGUUUUAUGACGUUGCGUGACCGGCAGGUGAAGUGGAUGCAGCUCGAAAACUUUUGACCAAUUGCCGAGGGCUAAUGGCAAAAAGGUGUCGAAUCAGAAAUAACUAUUUUCCUUUGGUCGGUCAAAUCAUGCAUAAUCAGUGUAUGCACGUGAUAUCAGAUGGGGAGCUAUCCCGGUUUUUGUGACGUCGCUUGACGGACAGGUGAAAUGGGAGCGGUCCAAAAAUGUUUUUGACCAUUCGCAGAGGGCUUAUUGCAGAAUUAGAAUAGAAAAGCUUGGAAUAGUUUCACGUUAUAGCGCCCCUAAUCUUGUUUUGCGUUCUCCAGUACUUACUUUCUUCCAUGUUUCCUUAUAUAUGAUUUUAAUGUAGUUCUCCUCGUUGCUUUAGAAAACGCAUAUUUAUAUAUAACAGGAGGUCCUGAUACAGUCUUUGGCUAUGCGACCUCUUUCUCUAUAUUAUUAUUUUUUAUGACCUGUAAUCUAUAAUGAAUAAAUGAAUUUCGAUUUCAAGAACACAAACGAACACACAACAAUGUCAUGACACACGUCGAAACAGGAACGAAAGAUAUGUUAACGCUAUUGGAGAGCUGAAGCCUCUUCGGUGUAAGAAUGUCCUUCUCUCCUGGUGUUCUUUAACGUGCACCUAAAUCUAAGUACACGGGUGUUUUCGCAUUUCGCCUCCAUCGAAAUGCAGCCGCCGUGGACGGGAUUCGAUCCCGCGACCUCGUGCUCAGCAGCCCAACACCAUAGCCCCUGAGAAACCACGGCGGGUCAGAGUGCCUCAAUGACAAAGAGUGCUGGUUAGCCGCAAUUGUUCUGGAGAACGCUGUCUUCGGUGUUUUCUCAGGCAAGCGAGCGAGAUGGUGGUCAGGGACUCUGAAUAUAUGGCGAACAUGCACCCAGAGUGCGUCGAUAGCUGUAUAGGUCAUUAUUGGGUCGUCCCUCACGGUGGCAAUUGUUGCUACGGUUGAAGCAUUUCGGGGUUGCUCCAGACAUGUUCGAAGGGCUUGGCCUUGAAUGCUCUGUAGGACAUGAAUGUUAGUUUUGUUAACAAUGAACAGCACUGGUGCGCUAUAUCGCAAGUAUCCUAGGAAGAGCGUCCUGUAUAUCGGUAUAUCGGCAAGCGUAUAUCGGUUACACUUUUCCUCGAUGUGAAAAGCGCCUAUGAUAAGGUAACGCAUGGAGCCGUCCUUGUUGCCCUGGAAAAUAAUGGAAUUGGUGGACGCAUGUUUCGGUGGAUUAGGAGCUAUCUAUUCAAAAGAUCCUUCUUUGUGCACAGUGCAGAUGGCCGAACCGAUGACCAUUACACUUGCCCUGGCUUCCCGCAGGGUGGGAUUCUAAGCCCCACUUUGUUAAACCUUGCAAUCCGUGUACUUGCCGACGUUCUACCACACACAGUAAACCUUUCCAUAUAUGCUGACGACAUAUGCAUAUGGGCGUCGGCAGUUACACGUCUCCAGGUGCGUGCACGGCUCCAAAAAGCAGUGACCCUAACGUCAUCGUACCUGCGUGCUCAAGGCCUCAGCAUUUCGACCGAGAAGUGCGCCUUAGUCGCUUUUACCCGCAAGCCAAGGACCUGCUACCCCAUUUCUAUUGACUACCAACCAAUUUCCUACGCAAAAUAUCAGCGAUUCGUAGGCGUUAUUAUCGACAGAGACCUUUCAUUGAGCCCCCACAUCUCAUAUACUUGAAGAAGACGCUUACUUCUAUCGCCCGUACACUAAUGUUUCUUGCCGGUAAUACGUGGAGCACAUCCGUGGCAUCUAGUAUUGCUUGUUAGAUUUUGCAUAUGCAUGACCCCUUAUGCCAUAGUCUUGCAAACUAUAAGGGCUCAAUAUAUGAGGAUAAACUAAAUCAAAGCGCAAGAGCUUUUUUUUUUUUUUUUUACCUAUGACUCCUAUCGAAAUGCGAAUGCCACGGCUUGCAAUACAACGCGUCACCUUGUGUUAGCAGCAGAAUGCUAUAGCCACAGUGACAGGCGAAUAAAUUGAACAAUUUCUUUGUC